ACUUGAGAUCGAGGAUUACAUUACAGUACAGUAGGUAUCAAUGACAAGCAAUUCUUCUGGUAACAUCGUAUAUAAGUCAAGUUUUAAAUUUUUUUUCACACUUAUUUUUAUAGGUAAAUGAUAGCAUAAAAAUAAUUAUAAUUUGUACUUAAUUAUAGAUAAAUAGUGAGUGCAACAAUGACGCUCACAAAUAAAAUGGAAAUAGAUGAAAAAACUAUGAAAGGAGAAGGUUUUAAACCAUAUUAUAUUACUAAAAUCGAAGAACUUCAAUUAAUUGUAGCUGAAAAAAGUCAAAAUUUGAGGAGGUUACAAGCACAACGUAAUGAGCUUAAUGCAAAAGUACGUAUGUUGCGUGAAGAAUUACAACUUCUUCAAGAACAAGGAUCAUAUGUUGGAGAAGUUGUUAAACCAAUGGAUAAAAAAAAAGUUUUAGUCAAAGUACAUCCUGAAGGAAAAUUUGUAGUAGAUAUAGAUAAAAAUAUUGAUAUUAAUGAUGUAACACCAAAUUCACGAGUUGCAUUACGUAAUGAAAGUUAUACUUUGCAUAAAAUUUUACCAAACAAAGUUGAUCCACUUGUUUCUCUUAUGAUGGUUGAAAAAGUACCAGAUUCUACAUAUGAAAUGGUUGGUGGUUUAGAUAAACAAAUCAAAGAAAUCAAAGAAGUUAUUGAAUUACCUGUUAAACAUCCUGAAUUAUUUGAUGCUCUUGGAAUUGCCCAACCUAAAGGUGUACUUUUAUAUGGACCACCAGGUACAGGUAAAACAUUAUUAGCAAGAGCAGUUGCUCAUCAUACUGAAUGUACAUUUAUUCGCGUAUCGGGUUCUGAAUUGGUUCAAAAAUUCAUUGGUGAAGGUUCACGAAUGGUUCGUGAAUUAUUUGUAAUGGCAAGAGAACAUGCACCAUCUAUAAUAUUCAUGGAUGAAAUAGAUUCAAUUGGAAGUUCUCGCAUUGAAUCUGGUUCAGGAGGGGAUAGUGAAGUUCAACGAACAAUGCUCGAGUUACUUAAUCAAUUAGAUGGUUUUGAAGCAACAAAAAAUAUAAAAGUCAUUAUGGCUACAAAUAGAAUUGAUAUAUUAGAUCCAGCGUUAUUAAGACCGGGACGUAUAGAUCGUAAAAUCGAAUUCCCUCCUCCAAACGAAGAAGCACGACUCGAUAUUUUAAAAAUUCAUUCGAGAAAAAUGAAUUUAACACGUGGUAUAAAUUUAAGAAAAAUUGCUGAACUCAUGCCUGGUGCAUCGGGUGCAGAAGUGAAGGGUGUAUGUACAGAAGCUGGUAUGUAUGCUCUUAGAGAACGUCGUGUACAUGUUACCCAAGAAGACUUUGAAAUGGCUGUAGCAAAAGUCAUGCAAAAAGAUUCAGAAAAAAAUAUGUCAAUCAAGAAAUUAUGGAAGUAAUAAUUGAUUUCAUCCUGCAGUUCUCAUUCUAUACUCUUUUGCAUCUUUUGCAAAAUCAUUUGUAAAUUUCAUACAAUUUCGAUUUAAAUGUAUACAAAAUAAAAGUUACAGUUACAAGAAAAAUAUAUUAAAUAGAAAAAUUGA